AAUGUCUAAAUUCACAAAACCCGCAUAAGCAGUUAACAAACUUGUUAAAACAAACCAAGGUGCUCCAAUUAAGAAGCAUGAUUAAGAUUCUGAUGAAUAGAGUGAUGUUCCUCCUCCAUAAAAAAAAUAAUAACAAAAGACAGUUGUUGGAACAACUAAAGUAGCUGCUAAGGCACCACAAGUAGAUUCAGAUGAUCAAGAUGAACCAGUUAAGUUGGUACAAAAUGUGAAAAAGGGUAGUUUUGAUGCAACAAAACCAAACACCACAAAUUAAAAUGUAGCCAAGUAGGCAUAAAAAAAGCCUGUCAAAUAAUAAGAAUCUGAUGAUGAAUCAGAUGAUGUUCCUCCUCCCAAGAAGGUUACAGCCCCAGUUAAAUAAGCUCCUAAACCAGCUGUUUAAACUAAGGCUCCAGUCAAAUAAUAAGUCUAAUAAGAGGAUUCUGAUGAAGAUUCAGAUGAUGUUCCUCCUCCCAAAAAACCAGUUGUUGCAACUAAACCAGUUGCUUCAAAGCCUGCUGUUUAAACCAAGGCUCCAGUUAAACAAUAAGUUUAAUAAGAUUCAGAUGACGAUUCAGAUGAUGUAGCUCCUCCCCCCAAGAAGGCACCAGCUCCCUCAAAGCCAGUUGCCAAACCAGCUGUUUAAACUAAGGCUCCAGUCAAAUAAUAAGUCUAAUAAGAUGAUUCUGAUGAAGAUUCAGAUGAUGUUCCUCCUCCCCCAAAGAAGGGACUCUAAUAAAAUAAGGCUCCAUAAAAGACUUAAUAAAUUGAAUAAGAAGAUGAUGAUGAUGAUGAUGAAGAUGUUCCUUAACCACCAAAAGGAAGAUAAUAAUAAUAACCUUAAAAGCAAGCUUAAUAAGCUUAAUAAGGUUAAUAAGAUCAUGAAGUCUUUGUCAGAGGACUCUCAUUUGAUGCUACUGAGUAAGAUAUCAAAGAUUUCUUCGAUGAAUGUGGAACUAUCAACAGUGUUAACUUGUUGAAGGGACCAAAUGGAAACUCUAAGGGAAUUGCUUUUGUUAGAUUCUCAACUGAGGAUGCUUAAACUGCAGCUGUUGAUUACAGUGGCUCAGAACAUAUGGGAAGAACCAUAACUGUGGAAAAGACAAAACCAAGAGAUUAAAGACCAUAAUAAGGUGGUUAAUAAGGAGGAUCAGGUGACAGCACAACAUGCUUUGUUGGAAACUUAAGUUUCUAUGCUACUGAAGACUCUUUGUAUCCAGUUUUUGAAGACUGUGGAAAGAUUAAGGAAGUCAGAAUAGCUAAAGAUGCUGAAGGAAAGGUAUUAUUAUUGUAUUAAUGUUUUAGUCAAGAGGAUUUGGAUAUGUUGAAUUUUUCGAUAAUGAAUCAGCUUAAAAGGGACUCUCAAAGACAGGAACUGAUGUUGAAGGUAGAUCAAUCAGAGUUGAUCUUGCUAAUUCAUCAUAAAGAAGUGGUGGUGGUAACAGAGGUGAUAGAGGAGGCUUCGGAGGAAGAGGAGGCUUCGGUGGAAGAGGUGACAGAGGAAGUUUCGGAGGAGGUUUCGGAGGAAGAGGCCGUGGAGGUGAUAGAGGAGGCAGAGGAUUCUCAAGAGGAGGCCGAGGAAGAGGAGGAAAUUUAGAUGCUAAUGAUAUUGCUGCUAAAAAGGGAACUAUUGCUGGAUUUGCUGGAAAGAAAAUGGCUCUAUGAUA